CGCGAAAAUUAUUGUCAACAACUUACUAAAACCAAAAUAAAAACAAAUCGGUACUUCAAAUACCUGUCUUUCAGCGUUCAAAUACUUGAAAAAUACUUUGGAAAAUAAAUUAUGCCAUUCAAUUCGUUCUAAAGGUUCUACUAAAUCUCAAAUAUAACUUUGGAGUAAAGGAGAUAAAAAUCGUGAAAUAAUAUUUCCGUUAUCGCCCACUUAUAUAACGGGAGCAUAAAGAACCUAAACUAUUGGCAGGUGCUCAGCUGUACACUGACUAUGGACAUUGAAUCGUCAGAUGAUGAGGUGCCAGAUUUGGUACCUGCAAGUACAGUUGUUGAAGAAGAAGGAGAGAUCCCAAAUAGCAAGAAAGUACCUGUUACCAUCAUAACUGGUUUCCUUGGAGCUGGGAAAACAACACUGCUGAACUACAUUCUGACAGAACAGCAUGGCAAGAAAAUUGCAGUCAUUCUUAAUGAAUUUGGAGAAGGCACAUCUAUGGAGAAAUCUAUGUCUGUUGGGCAAGAGGGGGAACUGUUUGAGGAAUGGCUUGAGUUGAGGAAUGGCUGCCUAUGCUGCUCUGUUAAGGACAAUGGGGUUCAAGCUAUUGAGAACCUGAUGAAAAAGAAAGGAAAGUUUGACUACAUUCUUUUAGAAACCACAGGCUUGGCAGAUCCAGGACCGAUUGCAUCCAUGUUCUGGAUUGAUGAAGAACUAUGCAGUGACCUUUUCUUAGAUGGUAUAGUCACAGUAGUUGAUGCCAAAUACUGUCUGCAGCACUUAGAAAAAACAACAGAGCCAGGAUCAAUCAAUGAAGCUGUCAAGCAGGUCGCCCUAGCUGAUGUGAUUAUAGUGAACAAGUUAGACAUUGUGACAGUUGAAGAGAAGGAGACCCUUAUACAUGCAGUCAGUGGGAUCAACAGUGCUAGUGCAAUCAUUGAAACCACAAAAUCAAGAGUGGACUUAGGUGCAAUACUUGACUUGAAUGCUUAUACUGGAGACAGUGUGUUGAAUGGUACUGUAGAUGAGAGACGGAAUAGAUUUGUAGAUACAGGGACACACAAUGUAGACAAGAAAAUGUCAACUGUAACAUUGGAAAUCUCAGGGGAGUUGGAUCCUAAAAAACUUGAUGUCUUCUUCCAAAAUCUUCUCUGGGAAAAAGUCUAUGAAGAUAGUAAGGGCAGCUUGAUGUUGAUUCUAAGGAUGAAGGGUGUCCUGAAUAUUGUUGACUCUUCAAAAAGGGUGCUUCUACAGGGUGUCCAUGAACUCUAUGACCAGCAACCAACAACAGAGUGGGAACCAGAGGAAUCAAGGACCAACACAGUAGUAUUUAUAGGCAAGAACCUGGAGAGGGGUGUUCUGCUUGAUGGACUCGAGGGAUGUUUGGCACAACACUGAUGGCCCAGAACAGAAGCAGUUAGCGGGACUUGUUCCAGCUUCCUGGCCCAGUUGAGGAUGAUGGGAAAUCCAGACUCAGGCACUACAAAGGCAUGCCUGUUUAAUGAGGGAAUUCUCUGGAAUUUCCCAUGUUCUUUGGAGUGGCUUGACAGCAGAAUCAAAGUGUUGAUGAGCACAAAACAGCAUGUGUUAGACCUCAAUAAAUAUUGAUUGUACAAAUGGGGCUUUCACCAACCUUCACAUUAACCCUCCAAUCUCUGAAGAGGCGCAUGAGGUAACCUGCUGAAUUAUCAGUGAUUCAUGGGUUAACUUAGCAGAAAAUAGCCAGACUUGGGAUGAAGUACUUUGAGAAAAGCCUGGAAAGUCGAUUAUCAUUUGGAGUGAAGGCAACUCUGCUAAGGUUUAUUGACACUGCCAGGCUUAGUCGAUAAAUUUUAUGGAAUACAAACAAAUGUGUAAAGAAUGAGUGGCAGCUGGAGAAGGCAGUAAACCAGACUGCUUGGCACCAUUCAUUAAUGGCUGCGCUUGUUGAACCCCCUCUAGUGGAGGGUCCUGAUAGACUGCAUGGCUCCAUCUGGGUCAUAGCGUACUUUUAACACUAGACUGCAUGUCUCCCAUUAUGGGUCAUACUGGUACAUUCACUACUUGAGAAUGUGGGUUUCUCUUCCUUAAAUAUAAUGAAAACUGAGCAUUCCUGUUGUAUUUGAGAUACUUUUGGGAAUACUUGGUGGAAAUGUUUUUGAAGACGGUUACAUUUUAUCAUCAUUCUUGUCAGGAAAUCAUUCUUGUCGGAAUGUUUCCAUGUGAUUUUAUUAUGUCACCACCAAAAGUGUUGACAUAUUGGUAUAGUCUCCAACUUUUUUGUGGAUAGUGUUUGGUUGUUGGUGUUCAGCGUUCAGCAGUCAGUGUUCAGCAUCUGCAACAAAUGGCAGGUGAUGACAUUUUGCUCGUUAAUGCCUUGUUAUUUGUUUUUAUGACCUCACCAGCCAGUGAUAUAUAUAAUUGUGAUUUUAUUUU